AUGAGAAGACAAAGAACAGAGGAGAACGAGAACGUCAAGAACAAAGAUUCUCCUGUUUCAUGUACUAUCUGCUGGAUUAUUGUGAUUCUAGGGAUCCUCUCCUUGGCGUUGCUGGGAACAACAGUGGGUUUUAUUAUCAAGGGCUGUUCCUGUCCACGCUGCCCUGAGCAGUGGAUAGCCUACAGAGGGAGCUGCUACUCCUUCUCCAAGGAGAAGAAGGACUGGCGUUCCAGCCAGGAAUCCUGCUGGGUGCAGGGAGCUCAUCUCCUGGUGAUCGGUGAUGCCAGGGAAAUGGACUUCUUCCAGAUGAUGCACACCAAAUACUACUGGAUGGGUUUGCAGAAAAGCACUGAUGGUGACUGGGUCUGGGAAGAUGGCUCAAAACUGAGUGGCAAAAAGGUCCUGACCAACAGCCCUGCGCAGAAUUGCGCCGUUCUGCUGGAAGGUGCCAUCCGUGCUUCCAGCUGUGAAGUCCUUGCCCCAUGGAUCUGCGAGAAAUCUCUUCAGUGA